AUGGGACCCACAGAAGCUGCUCAUGUCAAUACACGAGCUGGCAUGGUGCAUGUUGCCCUCUCAUUAAAUCAUCAUGAUCUAUCGCCAAUGAAAAGCAAAGAUCGUUUGUCUACCAUUGUGCCAGGUGUCCCACUUGAUGACAAGAAUGUGAUUAUCAAGGCACUUAACCUUUACAGAAAAAAGACCGGCAGUGACAACUUCUUCUGGAUUCACCUUGAUAAGAAAGUGCCUAUUGGUGCUGGGCUCAGCGGUGGAAGUAGUAAUGUUGCGACUGUAUUAUGGGCCGUAAAUCAAUUCAGCGGUGGUCUUGCCACUGAAAAGGAGCUUCAGGAAUGGUCAGGUGAAAUUGGUUCUGAUGUUCCCUUCUUUUUCUCUCAUGGAGCAGCAUAUUGUACUGGUGGAGGUGAGAUAUGUUUACCACAGGUUGUUGAAGAUAUCCCGCCACCAAUACCUUUGGACAUGCCAAUGGUCCUGAUAAAGCCCCAACAAGCGUGCCCAACUGUUUCAAAUGUGCAACGCCUUCGGUUAGAUCAAGGUAGUUCAGUUGAUCCUUUGACCUUGCUGGAGAAGAUUACACAAAUGGGGAUUUCUCAAGAUGUUUGUAUCAAUGAUUUGGAGCCUCCAGCAUUUGAAGUCUUGCCAUCUUUGAAAUUGUUGAAAAAACGCGUGCUUGCAGCUGGCCGUGGACAGUAUGAUUCUGUUUUGAUGUCGUUGAGUGGAAGCACCAUUGUCGGAAUCGGUUCUCCAGAACCCCCGCAGUCUGUCUACGAUGAUGAUGAGUACAAGGAUGCCUUUGUAUCUGAGGCACGCUUUCUUACCCGCAGAGAGAACCAGUGGUACACCGAGCUGAAUUCCACAACAAGUUCUUUUGAGUCUCCUGCCGAUCUUUCACCUACUUGGAAGCACCAUUGUCGGAAUCGGUUCUCCAGAACCCUCGCAGUCUGUCUACGAUGAUGAUGAGUACAAGGAUGCCUUUGUAUCUGAGGCACGCUUUCUUACCCGCAGAGAGAACCAGUGGUACACCGAGCUGAAUUCCACAACAAGUUCUUUUGAGUCUCCUGCCGAUCUUUCACCAACUGUUGAGUAAUUCUUAUUUGAUAUAGUU